UAGCUCCCGGUAAACCAGAGCCUUGGCUGAGCGAAGAUGGCGAAGACCUACGACUAUCUUUUCAAGCUGCUGUUGAUCGGCGACUCGGGCGUGGGCAAGACCUGCCUGCUGUUCCGCUUCAGCGAGGACGCCUUCAACACCACCUUCAUCUCCACCAUCGGAAUUGAUUUUAAAAUCAGAACAAUAGAACUAGAUGGAAAGAAAAUUAAGCUACAAAUAUGGGAUACAGCAGGUCAGGAGAGAUUCCGCACAAUCACAACAGCAUACUACAGAGGAGCCAUGGGAAUUAUGCUGGUAUAUGACAUCACAAAUGAGAAGUCUUUUGACAACAUUAAAAACUGGAUAAGGAACAUAGAAGAGCAUGCCUCUUCAGAUGUGGAAAGAAUGAUUUUGGGUAAUAAAUGUGAUAUGAAUGAAAAGAGACAGGUCUCAAAAGAAAAAGGAGAGAAGUUAGCAAUAGAUUAUGGAAUCAAGUUUCUGGAGACAAGUGCAAAAUCCAGCAUAAAUGUGGAAGAGGCAUUCUUCACACUUGCACGGGAUAUAAUGACAAAACUCAACAGAAAAAUGAAUGACAACAGUUCACCAGGGGCUGGUGGGCCGGUGAAAAUAACUGAAAAUCGAUCGAAGAAGAGCAGCUUCUUUCGAUGCACGCUACUUUGAUGAACUCCUAAUGAUAGACUGCAGCACACUUAGAAGAACCUUUUCUGCUUCUUUGAAAGCACAGGGUCACACAGCCUCAGAAAUAAUACCACCAAGCUGCUGCUGAGAGCUUCAAUGAACGUUGACUGUGUUAAACAAAAUACCAAGUGGAUUUUGCUCACUAAGUCCAUCGACCUGUCGGGCUCCUUUUUCUCAAAUGUGGAAGCAAUGAAGUGGAGACACACAAAUGCAGGACUUAAUUUUCUUCAUUACUUUCUGUUUUAAUGUCUGUUGCAAAAGCUGCUACAUUUCUUUUAACUUUGCACAUACGUAUUAGCCUUUUUAUUGCCUGUUACCGCACAAUCUAACACUUGUGUUUGCACAGUUUAUUGUCCUGUAAGUAAGUACUUUAACAGAUUUGUGCAUUCUUUUUACAAAUUUAUUUUAAAAAGCCAGAAGGAAUAGAUUAAAUCACAUCUCCAGUAGUCUUUGCUCUACACAUGUGAUCAUGUCUGCCAUAUGGAUAUGUUUAACAUAAUGGGGCUUAUUAAAACAAAUUGGCAUUUAAGAACUUGUAUAGGUUUUUAUUCAGUUUUUCUCACAAAUGCACAAAUCCGUUCAUACAGAAACUACUGCGUCUUGUAUUCUGAAUGUAGGAUGUUUCUUUUUUACUGGUUUUUACCAAACUUAAGAGAAUCUUUUUAGAGCAGAGUUGUCUUCUAAAUAGAUGUAGUUUUUGUCUCAUUUGUUGAAUGCACCCGUAAAGCAUGUGAAUGAAUCCCAGUGGUCAUUCAUUUUUCACCUAGUUUUCUUCUGUUAGCCCAACUCAUCUGCUCCUUUUUUGUUCUUGUUUCUGAUGACACUUGAGUUGAAAUUUUCAACAUAACACAGGUGGGCAUCCUAGCUAUCACUUAAGUGACUUGUGGUAGCUAAGCUGAAUGAGGGUAUACAAAACUCCUGGAUUCUAUUCUCCAGUGUAUGAAGAGUAAUUAGUGAUGCUGAGGAUGUUUGCUUCACACCUCUAAACCUUGACCCUAGCUUCCUGUGUAGUCACUAUAGUUAAGUUCCAUCAGUAAAGAAAAUGGCACACCAAGGCUUAUAAUGCAGUAUUAUGCAGCUGAUACUGAAUGUGUAAAGCCUUCAGUCUGCACAGGCAAUUAUAGAAGUUAAUCAUCAGAAACUGGUGCAGUGAUUUAGGCUGCUACAAGCCAAGUUGAAACUUAAUUGCCUUUCUCACUUCUCUGAACACCUGCAACCUAGUUUAUGUAUUUUAUCACUUGCUUAUUUGUUUUUCAAAGAUCUCUCUCCAUGAAUGAUUAAAAUUGGUGCUUUAGUUUGUUGUGCCAAACUUGACCAUUGUUAGCUUUAACUACAAAUUUAACAGAGUCCACCACUUUGGUUAUAAGGUGCAGAUGGAUUGUCUUGUUGACAAACUGCUAACUUUUCUGACAUGUCUGCUUGUUUCACUACAGUCACUUAACUUUGUGGUAACAACCAAUCCACUGGUUAAUAUGUUAAUGUUUCACUCUGCUUCAGUUUGGGAUGUCUGAUAUUGAAUUUGUCAUCUUGGGGUCUAUCUCAAAUAUUUUGAAACUAAUUCAGUGGCUUUCUACACAUUCUCCCCACACCGCUACUUAAUUACAGUUAAAGUGAUCCUUGUAAUUAGAUUGUGAAUCACAAUCUCCUAUUCUUACUGAACUAGAAGGCACAGCAAAAUAUUUGAGGUAGCAAGAAUGUUCAAAACAAAAACAACCCUAGCUGCUCUGGCCUACACUUUGCAUUUUUCUGGGACAGGCUAAUGCAGUUAAGUUUUCUGUAUGAUAACAAAGUGCUUUCUAUACAGCAACUGUUAUGACUUCAGUUACGAAUGUUGUUAAUUUUCAGUAAUUUACCUCUGACUUAUUUGGUGUCGUAACACAUAGAUUUGUAUCUUGGGGUUGUCUGCAAACCAAAACUGACAUGUUCUGUGGUUGGCAACUUUUACAGAAUGCUUUGCUUAUGUUGUAUUUCCUCUGUCUUCUUUCUAUUUGGUUCUGUGUAUAAACAAGAUUAGUCUCCAUGAACUUCCUUUUGAAAGAGCCUGUAAGUGAGAGUCUAUAAAGUGCUUCUUGACGCAGCAGCAAAUUGGGGUAUCUGCUCUGUUGUAUUAAAAAGAAAAAAAGAAAAAAAUCCUUGC